AUGACCGAGUCUACGGUCCAUCCCUCAGAAUUGAGGGUUCCUGAAAACUCCUCUGAUCGGCUCACCCCCGGAAAGCCAGAGCCACCUAUUUUAUCGAGUGGCCCAAAGCUGUCUUCACCUUUCCCUUCUCCAACUGGUACCCCUGGCACUGAGUAUUCGCCUUCAGACAAUCAGGAAAAGGCGGAGGCUGCUGUUGAAGAAGAUCAACGGAGAGCGAAUACUAUCACGGAUGAAACUGGAGGCAAACCACAUAUAGGGGAGGCCAGCGGCUCAUGGGAAAUAUGGGAUGGCUUUUCCGGAGUUAAACAAGCAUCUUUGAACCCUCAACGACCGAACGAGUCGCUCGACAGCCAGCAGAAGGCCUUCAGCCAAAAAUCACAGGCAUCCCAUCAUGGGCUAUCAUCGCGGCGUCCAAGUGUUCAGUUUACCGGCGAAGCCACUGAGAACGAUCCUCCUGUUGAAUCUGCUCGAUCAAGACCUUCUUCCAUAACAGGGGACGAUGUUGAUGCUGAUCUGAAGGGCAAGCAAUCGAUCUUCGGCAAGCUGAAGGCAUUUGCAGUCUCCCCAUCAUUCGCCUCUCAUUCCCGCUCGGCUAGUGCUGCAACCAUCGGGGAUGCUAGACAUCCCAACCAUGAUCUCACCACCCCAGGCUCGGAAAGGGGGGAGUUCCGUUUCCCCAACACGCUAGAAGAGGAAGGGAGCGAUAUUGAUGCUGAUGCUGAAGAGAGUGCGGGGGAACAACAAGUCCGGCAGAAGCAGCAGCAGAGGAAGAAGAAGAAGCAGCUGCGUCGUCAACAAAGCGACUCUACACCCCAGACAGAACCGAACACACCGAAAGCCUCGGGCCGGCCCUCCUUUCACUUGCCUAGCUCAUUUGGCCCCUUUGAAAACUAUCGUACGAACUUCUUUCCACGACGAAAUACUGGAGACUACGCGCAGCAACGUGAGGGGGUGUCAGAGGAUGAGGGCCGGGAUCGCCUUAAUCGCGAUAAUGCUUGGCGGCGGAGAAGUGCCUGGCUUGCUAACACUCGCGCGCUUAAUUACGGGGGACGGCAGAUUGACUCGCAACCGAAUCAGGAUGAGAGACGCCCUAGCAAUCUGAGGCGGUUUACUGGCAUUACAGGGCCGUCGGAAAACGUCGAGAGUCUCGGGGCUCCCUGGAGGCGCCAUCGAGCCGAACGUGGCUCUAGCCUCAGCGCUCAAAGAUGGCGGCAAAUUAAGGCCGGAUUGAAGUUGAUUGGACAGCGACGUAAGACCGACAACACCGUUGACCACGCGAAGUCGGCCGAACUGCUAGCCGAGCUGACCUCGGGGGUACCGGCCGCCCUAAUUCUGGCUAGCAUGUUUCAACGUGAUGAGCAUGGCAGCAAGCGCAUUCCGAUUCUUCUUGAGCAGCUCAAGGUUCGAGUAACGGAUAGUAGGAUCGAUUCUCAUUCUGGAGAUCGCCACCUUGUCUUUAGGAUCGAACUCGAAUAUGGAAGCGGCAUGACCCGGAUGAAGUGGAUUAUUCAUCGAACGCUGAGAGAUUUCGCAAAUCUCCAUUUAAAGUACAAAUUACACUUUGGGACACAAAAAUAUAUCCAACUGCGAAACACUGAAGGGGCACAGAAUCUUCCACGUUUCCCUCGAAGCGCAUUUCCUUACCUACGAGGUGUUCGAGGCUUAGAAAGCGAUAUGGAGGACGAAGAAGAUGACGGUGGCUAUGAAACCACAGCCGAGGCGACAAGUGGCAAUGAGAGAGCUGGGAAGAGGCAGCAGUCACGGCGGCGAUCGUCCGGUAAUAUAUCCCGGCGACAGUCGACUGUAACGAACCCUGAUACAGAAAAUGCUGCUGGUGCCUCGGGCGCAGCAGACGCAGGACCGAGCAAAAAAGAGAGUUAUCCGGAGAGACAAAGAAAAAAACUCGAAUCUUAUUUACAAAAGCUGAUUCGGUUCCUUAUCUUUAAACCUGAUAGCAAUCGUCUGUGUAAAUUCCUGGAGUUGUCGGCCUUGGGUGUGCGCCUCGCUGCUGAAGGGAGCUAUCAUGGCAAAGAGGGGUAUUUGAUCAUACAAUCCUCGAAAGGUCUGGAUUUCCGGAGGGCCUUGACUCCUGCCAUGGUAAAGAGCCGUCAUUCACCAAAGUGGUUCCUAGUCAGACAUAGUUACGUCGUUUGCGUUGAUUCUCCCGAGGCAAUGAAUAUCUAUGAUGUUUUCUUGAUAGAUCCCUUCUUCAAGCUGCAAACUCAGAAGAUCAGUAUCCGAAACCAGAAAGCAAAGGAGCUGGCAAAGUCGGCAAAAGAGUCGGCAAGGCAUCCGCAACAUCACACCUUGAGACUGGAAAAUUCAGAGCGGAAACUCAAGCUGUUGGCCAGGAACGAGCGCCAACUCCAUCAGUUUGAAGAUUCGAUUCGGUUUAUGGUCAACAAUACCCCUUGGGCAAGGCCAAAUAGAUUUGAAAGUUUUGCUCCAGUGCGCCACAAGUGCUUCGCUCAGUGGCUAGUUGAUGCUCGGGACCACAUGUGGAUGGUGUCACGGGCGAUCAACCAGGCCAAAGAUGUCAUAUACAUCCAUGACUGGUGGCUAAGUCCCGAGCUCUAUAUGCGGCGACCAGCUGCGAUCAGCCAGAAGUGGCGCUUAGACCGCCUUCUCCAGCGAAAAGCCCGCGAGGGCGUCAAGAUAUUUGUCAUCAUGUAUCGAAAUAUCAACUCGGCCAUCCCAAUUGACUCGGAAUAUUCCAAGUUCUCCCUUCUUGAUCUGCAUCCCAAUAUCUUUGUGCAGAGAUCUCCGAAUCAAUUUAGGCAGAAUACUUUUUUUUGGGCACAUCAUGAGAAGUUGUGCAUAAUAGAUCAUACCUUGGCUUUUGUAGGAGGUAUUGAUCUUUGUUUUGGAAGGUGGGAUACGCCACAACAUCUUCUCACGGACGACAAACCGACAGGAUUUGAAACUUCAGAUGGACCUAAGGACGCUGACCACUGCCAGCUUUGGCCUGGCAAAGACUAUUCGAACCCACGUGUUCAGGAUUUCUACGAUUUAGAUAAACCCUAUGAAGAGAUGUAUGAUCGAAACGUUAUCCCCAGAAUGCCCUGGCACGAUAUAUCGAUGCAUGUUGUCGGCCAACCGGCUCGGGAUCUCACUCGCCACUUUGUUCAACGAUGGAACUAUAUACUGCGUCAGCGAAAACCAACUCGGCCCACACCAUUUCUACUUCCUCCGCCUGAUUUUGACGCAGCAGAUCUGGAAGCUCUUGGACUAGACGGGACUUGUGAAGUUCAGAUCUUACGAUCGAGCAGCGCAUGGUCCACUGGUACGUCGGACCUUACUGAGCACAGCAUCAUGAAUGCCUAUGUCAAGUUAAUCGAAGAAUCGGAUCAUUUCGUCUAUAUUGAGAACCAAUUCUUUGUGAGCACCUGUGAGAUAGACGGCAGGAAAAUCGAGAACCUGAUAGGCGACGCUCUGGUAGAGCGGAUUACUCGAGCUGCGAAGAACAAAGAGGCAUGGCGUGCUGUUAUCGUCAUACCACUGAUGCCAGGCUUCCAAAAUACGGUAGACAGUGAGGGCGGGACAAGUGUCCGGUUAAUCAUGAUGUGCCAAUAUCGUAGCAUCUGCCGGGGAGAGACAUCUAUAUUCGGACGACUCCGAGCUUUGGGCAUUGAACCUGAAGAUUACAUCCAAUUUUUCAGCCUGCGGGCUUGGGGCAAGAUUGGCCCUCACAAACAACUUGUCACUGAGCAGCUUUACAUUCACGCUAAAUGCAUGGUUGUCGACGACCGAGCUGCAAUCAUUGGGUCUGCAAACAUCAAUGAACGGUCCAUGCUGGGAUCGCGAGACUCAGAGGUAGCAGCCGUUGUGCGUGAUACGGACAUGAUCUGGUCCAGCAUGAAUGGUCGUCCUUACCUCGUCGGACGGUUCCCCCACACUCUAAGAAUGCGCCUCAUGAGGGAGCAUCUUGGCAUUGAUGUCGAUGAGCUCAUGGAGCAUUCCAUGGCGACAGAACAGGAAUUGCGAAGGAUUCAGAUUGCUGAGGAGGGUUCUAAGUCACCAGGAGAUCAUGAGAGACUCGACCCUGAAUCACUCUUGCUGGAAAAACAGGAUGAGAGGGACAUGAUCGAGCGUCGACACCGUAUACAAGACGAGUUCCUCUCACGGUCAGAAGACAUACACAGCUUCAAUCAUGAUGUCGACUGGGAGCAGGGUGAUAAUCCUAAUCUCAAGUCAAACAGGAAGCUCACCGCAGAUGCAAGAGUGACUGCCAACCCAGAACAUAAGAAGGAUGUGGACGGGUAUGGUCCAGAUCAUCUUAGUACUGCUUUGCAAGCCGGUUUAGGAGAAGCUCGCGAUUCUCAACUCUUGGGUGACAAGUUAGAGGUCUUGGUCUCUCCCAUUGCGAGCGAGGGGAAAGGCACCAUCCAGCAACCGAGACAUUGCCCGCCACAAGAAGCCAACUGCGACAAAGAGGCACGUAAGACAUCGUUUAUUUUACCAGAUAAUGUCGACGAGCCAGAUUCAGUUGUUGAAGGGCUGUCAGCUGCUCGUAACCCAGCUGUAUCAGGACAUGAUACCGAGAGCAGUAGCAAUGGCGCUGUUCCCACGACUAAAGAAAAUUUCGAUACGACGAAGUACCCGCACCCGCUGAGCAAAGACUUGAAACAUGUAUUCAUUGAUAAAGACUGCAUGAGAGAUCCGGUGAUUGACGUGUUUUACCUUGACACAUGGCAUGCUGUUGCCGAGAAGAAUACGAAAUUGUUCCGGAGCGUUUUUCGCUGUAUGCCUGACAGCGAGGUGAAGUCUUGGAAAGAGUAUAAGGACUAUACUGAUUACGGGGAGCGUUUUGCUGAGAUGCAGAAUCAACACAGUGCUAAGGCAUUUCGUCCAGCUCAUGCUAGGCAAACUGGCCCGCCUGGUACAGGUGCCAGCUUGAUUGCAGGUGGUCUCGCAACCAAGUCAAACCCAAUAGCAGCCGGACCAAACGCGGAAGAACAGGCGAUAGGUCAGAAGGAUCAGUCUCCAACUGAGAAGGCUGACCUCCGACAAGCUACAAAUACCCAAAAUCACGAUCGCACGCGGUCAGAUAGCGCACAACAACAAGAAACACUGUCAUUUAAAGAUGAAAAGAUGACUGGGUUGAGGACGGUAGAUGCACCAGCAUCUGGAAACGUACAAAAUGGGCGACAUGAUGAAAAUGGAUCAUCCGGAGAAGAUCAUGAGAAGCGGGUUUCAGAUCCGCCAGUCGUUGAUUAUUCGGAGGCUUUGAAUCGAAAUGCCACAGCUCAAUCACGACGACGACGACGAAGAGCUACAACUCUGGGCUCAAAGCGGGAGUUCCACGCAUCAGAUGAGGUGAUGGAUAAACAACAAGCGGAAGACCUUCUGAACCAGGUUCAAGGACAUUUGAUUCUUUGGCCUUAUGACUGGCUGGAAAAGGAAGAACAAGGUGGAAAUUGGCUGUACACACUGGACCAACUUUCACCGUUGGAAAUAUAUAAUUAA